CCCCCCAGCUAUUUUUAGCCCACUGGUGAUUGUUUUUUUACAAAAGGGAUAAGCUAGCAAAUUGCCAAUUUUGUGUAACCAAAUUCGUAGAUGCUGAGCCUCCUUUAACACUUUCAAGUAUAGUAGUCAGUACUUCUAAGCUGCCAACCCUUUUUGCGUUAUACACUUUUUUUUUUUGAUCAUACCCACUGACGAGCACAGGCAGCGCGAAUCAGGGUAUAACUUUAAUUUGUCCACGAAUCGAAGAGAAUCCAAAAUAAGUUUUCGUUUUGAAUAUAAUUUGUUUAUUUUUUGCCCCGCCAUGAUUUCCCGGCGUCGGCAAUAGAAGUACCAUCUUAUCAGCUCCCGGAAGGAUGUUCUCUCACCUCGAUAACUUGGCGGGGCACGUGGACCUGCAGAAGCUACAGCUGGGGUUCGCGGAAGUGCUCAAGGUCACGCUGGGUUCGCUACUCAUUACCAUUGUCCUGGAGCUGCUCAGCUACCGAACGGUGCGGAAGGUGCCGAAAGAUCUGUACAAGACCGCGGUCUUGUAUAAUGUCAUCAACGUCCUCUUUCUGGCUCCACUCUCCUUCCUCUAUGUCAUGUACAACAUGGUCAUGGUUAACUACGAGUGCAACUUCAGCUCCAGCACAGGCGGUGGUCGUAGCCCCAUCUUGGACAACGUAUUCUCCUUGAACGCUGAUGAUUUCGCAGCUGCCAAGAAUUUCUGGCUGGACAUGUCGGUGUCCUACUGCAAAAACAGCGGCACGGUGUACUCCGUGACGCGCAAUAUCGUCGGCAUUCUGGUGAUCCAGGCCUUCGGCUACUACACGGCACACCGAUUGAUGCAUACGCGGCGGCUGUACUGGAUGCACAGUUUCCACCACAAGUUCCACAACGACGUGGUGCCAAUGGCGGCGAAUGCGGUCAGCCCUGCGGAGUACCUGUUCGCCUACUUGCUUCCGAUCCUGGUCGGCACAGUCGUAGUCAACCCGGCGCCGGUGGAGCUCCUCACCGCGGGUUGGAUGAUCUCGCUCACGAACUUGUUGAUUCAUUUCCCACUGCUAGAGUCCUUCUCCGAGGCCUACUUCCCAGAAAUUUUCGUCUCCGCCUUCAAGCACGGCGAGCAUCACCGGAAGGUCUCCGUGAAUUUCGCGGCGCCAAUUUUCGAUGUGGACUGGUUUUUGUACGAUUUACUAAAACUGCCGAUCUUUCCCGACAAAAAGCGCCAGUACUACUUGGAGCUAGCGACGUAUGCGGAGGAAAAAGGCGUUUCACAGAUUUCCAGCACAAUGAUCUCGUGUUGCAGUACAUUCAGCACAGUAGAAAUGAAGCUCUGGUGCCAUUCGGGAAAGACUCAGGAGGCUAGUAGUCGAUGUGCAUGUAGUUUUUAUCCCUUGACCGUGCGUUUUCCGCAUUGCAGAUUUCUCUUGUCGUGCAUAUCAAAUUUGUGACUGUGAUGCUUAACAAAGCGGUGUGCAAAAGUGUGCACGUAAAAACUGUGACACUUUUUUCCUACGAUACGGCUGCAGCAAAACGCAAGAAGACGGAGGCAGACGGAGAAGAUACGAGAACUUUUGAACCUCCUCCGAUUGGAGACGGUUCCGCUGCCGUUUCGCAGUCCACGAAUAUUACUUCACCGGUAGAGUGAAGAAGCACGGUGAUCGUGACGUUGACUAUAAGAAAUACACCAGUUCCAGCCGGAUAAACGGCGCCACGAACACUUUAUAGAAAAAGAAGAUUUAGUUUUUUUUUCUAUUCUUCUCGAAUGAAAUUUCAAUAAUGAUGUACUGUCACAUGUCGGGGGUUUCACCAACGAUGUCACCUUUUGCAGGUGUAACCAAAAUUGUGCUGACAUCCUCUUUUGAUGUUUUGUGACCGACUCCUUCAGUAUUGAGCUCUAGGAGCAGCUUCUCUACAUGGUUGCUGCCACAGGGACAGGGUUUUUACAACUAGAUGUACGAUCUGGUCGUGCUUGCUUCCGAGAUGCUAGGAACAACCCCGAUCUAGUGCCUACCCUCAAUAUGGUUUUUUCUACAACUCGUAAAGAAAGUAGAACUCCUUCCCCUCGUUAAGAAUAUUGAGGUUAGUAGAAUUUUCUCCCACAGAAGAUGGGCCUCGAUGUUACAAUACGAACAAGUAGCUACCUCCGUCUACCUCGACUGCUCAUGUGAUGCAGAUGUAACAUAGCUCGAAUGCAGUCACGGCGUUUUUCAGCCUGUUUGAAAAAAAUGAAAAAACAACGAACAAAAAAUGGCAUCAAAUGAUUUUCAGGAUUUCAUUCUUGUUCACACAGUUUCGGUUUGAACUUGAAGCAUUUUGAGGCUGAAGUGCUACAAGUACAGCUCGUGUUUAUUCUCUUCGCUGUUUCCUUCUCGGCACAUUUGCAUUACACAGCUUUGAGUUUUGAAUCAUCCAACUGACGACCAGCAGAUAAAAUGUCAGCUAUGUUGAA